AUGGUCACUUAUCUUCCCAUCUCGUCGCCUUUCAUCCGCUUCGCGGGUCGCUAUGUCGAUGAAGCCUUGGGCGUCGCGGCGGGAUACAAUUUCUUCAUCUUUGAGGCCGCCCUGGUCCCUUUCGAAGUCGUCGCCGUCAGUCUGAUUGUCAGAUAUUGGACGGACGUGAUCCCCGUGGCGGCCAUGAACGUAAUUGUCCUGGUGCUCUAUGGUGCGCUCAACCUGUUUGCCGUCAAGUGGUACGGUGAAGCGGAGUUCUGGCUCUCGCUAGGUAAAGUGCUGCUGAGUAUCGGGCUGAUCCUGUAUACGUUCGUCGUCAUGCUGGGUGGGAAUCCACUCGGUGAUCGCUUUGGCUUUAGAUAUUGGAACGAGCCUGGCGCAUUCAAUGAGUACUACAAGACCGGCGAUACAGGUCGCUGGCUGGGUGUGCUGGCCGCCGUUAUCACAGCCAGUUUCACCAUCGCAGGCCCGGACUAUGUCUCCAUGGCGGCGGGUGAGACCAUCAAUCCACGCAGGGUGCUGCCCCGAGCCUUCAACGGCGUGUUCUAUCGUUUGACGGCGUUUUUCGUGCUGGGCGUCCUCUGCGUGGGAAUUCUAGUCCCAUAUAACGACAAGACCAUGGCCGAUGCCUUCGACAAUGAUAAGCCCGGGGCGGCAGCUUCGCCCUAUGUGAUCUCGAUGGAUCGUCUGAACAUCCCUAUCCUGCCACAUAUUGUGAAUGCCGUCGUUCUCACGGCCUCCUUCAGCGCUGGCAACAGUUACAUGUACUGUGCCAGUCGCAGUCUGUACGGUCUCGCCCUCGAAGGCAAAGCCCCCAAGCUCUUGACCGUAUGUACCAGCCGCGGCGUGCCAGUCUACUGCGUCAUCAUCGUCCUCGCCUUCGCAUUGCUCAGUUUCUUGCAAGUCUCCAACGGUGCAGCUGUCGUGUUGAACUGGUUUGUCAACUUGGUCACCGCGUCCCAACUGAUCAAUUUCUCGGUCGUGACGUUCACCUUCAUUCGCUGGAAGAAGGCUCUCGACGCCCAAGGCAUCUCUCGAGACACCCUGCCCUACCGAAGCUGGUUCCAGCCGUACAUUGCUUGGAUCGCCUUUACCUGCACCACCGUUAUGGCAUUCGUCGGUGGCUAUACCGUCUUUUUGCCUGGCAAUUGGUCUGUCCCGACAUUCCUGUUUUCUUACACGAUGAUCGGACUCUUCCCAGUCAUGUAUUUUAGCUGGAAGUUCGUCCACAAGACGAAAUUAUUGAAGUCCGAGGAGGUCGAUUUGGUCUCGGGUGUUGUCGAGAUCGAGGAGUAUACGAGGGAUUUCGUUACUCCACCACCGAAGUAA